GACCUGUGACCAGGAACUGAGAACAGGUGCAAAGAAGGAACGAUGUCUUCAAGGGAAAAGCCUACUUCUGUGUGCACUUCUUCUCAGUACUCUCCUUGGUUUUACAUUACUUAUCACUUACAUCAUGAUGACUUGUGGUCUAGGAUCAUGUGAUGCUGAGCUGCGGCUUGGACUGUUGUCCAGACUCCUGAAUUCUAGGAAUGAUGCUGUAGACCCCUGUGAGGAUUUCUACAAAUAUGCUUGUGGCAACUGGGAAGGCAAUCAUUCAAGCAGAACCACCGAAGAGUCACGAAAUGUCUUUGAUAUGUUGUUGGAAGAAAACCAGCUUGUCCUGAAAAGGCUUUUAGAGGCCCCACAGUUUCAGAUAAGAGGCUCAGCUAAAGAGAAAGCAAUCCAGUUCUAUCGUUCCUGCAUGGAUACCGAAAAGAUAGAAUCCCAAGGAAAUCAACCAUUGAAGGACAUCCUAAAUCAGGUUGUUGGAUGGAAUAUCACAGACAUAGGGAAAGCAAAAGAUUUUAAUGAAACUCUUCAGAUUCUCAUGGGCAGAUACAACACCUUUCCCUUUUUCAGAGUGCAUGUGGGUCCUAGUCCUUUUGACCCCAAGAACAAUGUAAUUCAGAUUGACCAUCCUGAGUUUGAGAUGCCACCUGAGAGUAAAUUCAAAGAGAAAAAUUAUCUUGAGGUUCUCCGUGUCUAUCUCUCAUACCUGGAGAAACUGGGGGGGCUACUUGGAGGUCCACAGGAUGGUUCCCCUCAUUCCUUUUCCCUUACCUUGUCCUUCAUCUCUAACCUCCAGCGUGUUGUUACCCCACUGCAGGAAAGACAGCAGAGGGGAAUGCUGUUCUUUCGCACUACCAUUAAGGAGCUACAGGAAAAGGCACCUGCUAUUGACUGGUUGUCAUGUCUCCAGGCCCUCUUCCAUCCUAUGCCAAUGAACCUCUCUCAGCCAAUUGCAGUGCAUGACAUGGAUUACUUAAGAGGCAUGUCACAGCUCAUUGAACAAUGGCACAAUGAAAGGGCCCUUCCCAUCUAUAUGAUUAUUUGUUUGGUUGUGAAUCUCUCCCCUGCCCUUGACAGUCGAUUCCAAGAUGCACGCUUAGAGCUAUCUAAGAUUCUUCACGGGAAAAUGGGAUCUAGAGUGAUCCCAGUUGAGCGCUGGAAGAAGUGUUUGACUGAUACCAGCUCUUUCUUUGAGCCAGUCCUAGGGCAGAUGAUUGUGAAGGAAAUUUUCCCUCAGCAAACCAAGAAACUUGCUGAGGAGAUGUUCUCUGAGAUCCAAAAUGCCCUCUACAGCCAACUGGAUCAGUUGGAGUGGAUGGAUGAGCAAACACGCCAACAAGCUAAAGUUUUGGUGUCCACGCUACAAGUGGAGAUUGGCUAUCCAGCUUACAUACUUCAGACUGCCAAAGUGAACCUGGAAUACCAGAAUCUGGAGAUAAAUGAAGACACUUUUUUCCUCAACGUGGUGGCUUGCUUGAAGACAAUGAGGGAGAAUUCCUAUUCAAAGCUCCUUCAGCAUCAUUCACAUAUUAACUGGCAGGUGUCCCCCUGGGCUGUCCAUUCAUACUACUCACUAAGGCACCACAUGGUGGUCUUUCCUGCUGGAAUGUUCCGCAGCCCUUUUUUCCACAUGGAGUUUCCCAGUGCUGUGAACUUUGGAGCUAUUGGGGUCUUCAUGGCACAUGAACUUCUUCACGCAUUCUAUGGUUAUGUGUUGCCUGGUGGCUGUCCUACAUGCAACAGGAGUGUGCUACAGAAAUCUAUAGAUUGCUUUGUUGAACAGUAUGAAAGCUUUGACUUUAAGGUCAAUGGUACUCUUACGCUCUUGGAGAAUACAGCUGACAACGGAGGGCUUGCCAUUGCUUACCAGGCCUAUAAGAAUUGGCUGAAAAAGCACAAACAGGAGGAUUUACCCAAGAUUGGACUUUCACACGACCAGCUUUUCUACCUCAGUUUUGCUCAUGCAAUGUGUGGACACCAGGAUCCUGAGGAAUUACAGUCUUCCUCGAACACAGAUCCACACAGUCCUUUGUCACUUCGUGUCUGUGGGCCAGUUAGCAAUAGCAAGGACUUUUCCAAGCACUUCCACUGUCCCAGUAGAUCACCAAUGAACCCAGACAGCAAGUGCCAUAUUUGGUAAUCAUUAUGGAGAAGGAGGAAGAAUGAUACAGCUCCAGGAAGAUGAAGGCCUGACCUGUGCAAGUAUGACCCAUGGGGUCAUACUCAGGGCCCAUGGUGUAACAUGGGGCUUUUUUUCACUCUUCUGCCUUCUUUUUCUUGAUAUCCUUUUCUUGUCCGUUUAUGGUAGCAGAAGCCUCAAACUGAACUCAUAAGGGGAAAAGGUGUCUUCCCACUGCUCCCAGCACUGUCCCCCAAAUGGGACAACUCUGUAGACCAGCAAGUCCCAAGGUAAAAAGAUGACUAGCCAGUCUCUAGUAGGUAACAACUUCUGAGGAGUUGUAAACAGAAGUACUGUUGCAUCAUUAGGCCAUCUGUUCAGUGCAUUUCCCUGGCUACUCUAGCAACCUCGGUCAUGUUGAAUGGGCAGGGCAAUAUAUUAGACUCCUAAGAUUUGUUCAUACAAGUUUGUCUCAGGAAAAUUCUAGGUGUUACUAUGCAAACUACACAUGUAAGUUACCAGAGAAGGAAGAAUCCACUUCAAUCUGCUGAUAAGUAGUAGGGAAAACUCAGUGGCUGCAUUUUCUAGGCUGGAAGAUGAAUUACUAAAUAAUGAAGGUUACUCAUGUACUCCAUAGGAAAGCAUCCUCUUUAAGGAAAGUGAGACUGGGAGCUGAGAACUAGUUCUCUUUCUGCUUUCUUUCUUUUCCAGCAAAAUUCUUUUUUUCUUUCUUAGUCUCUGUUUAAGGUUGAGGAUAUGGUUAAGGGUGAAGUGUGGAACAGUAAUGGGAGUUUCUAGGGGUCUCUGAAGAACAUUAACUUGAAUAUUCAGAAUUCUAAGAAGUUCUCUGGACCCAAACCAGUAUCUUUCAUCCCUACAAGUUUUCUUAACCCUACUUUUGUAAAUAUUUACCAUCCAAAAAAGGGAGUUUUUCAGACAUAGAAUUUCACUAUCUACUUGAAACUAAAUUUUAGAUAUUAAUUUACUU